GUUUUUGAACUAGUAAAUUCAUUCCGAUUAUUAUCAAUUAAAAAUUUAAAUAAGCAAGACUGUAUUGUAUAUUUUAUUCCAAUAGAUUUGACAAUUCGCUGUAGGUAAAGUCUAAUUACGUGGACAGUGUUACCAAGUGCUAUUGAAUGAUUGGAAUCCACCAGCUGAACAAUCUGAUUUUGUUUAUAAAUUUCUUGGAACAGUCAAUUUAAUUGGAAAAUUCAAGUCAAUUGGUCAAUAGGACGAUCGUCGUUGAGAGGAUUUUAAAAAAUUGAAAAAUUUUAGAAUGGCGAAGCCUCUGGUUUUUGUAACGGGCAAUGCGAAGAAGCUGGAGGAAAUCAUUGCAAUUCUGGGGAAAAAUUUUCCCCGGGCAGUGACAAAUGAAAAAAUCGAUUUACCUGAGUAUCAAGGUGAAGCAACAGACAUCAGUAUAUCAAAGUGUAAAGCAGCUCAGGCGAUCGUCAAUGGUCCAGUGAUCGUCGAGGACACAUGUUUGGGGUUCAAUGCCAUGAAGGGUCUUCCAGGUCCUUACAUCAAGUGGUUCCUCGAUAAACUCGGACCCGAGGGACUCCACGACAUGCUCGCUGCCUGGGACGACAAGUCUGCCGAGGCAAUAUGCACUUUUGCGUAUUCCUCUGGAGAACCUGGCGACGAGGUCAUCGUCUUCCAGGGGAAAACCAGUGGAACGAUCGUCUCUCCGAGGGGAUCACGGGACUUCGGUUGGGAUCCCAUAUUCCAACCUGAUGGCUACAAUCAGACGUACGCUGAACUACCGAAAUCUGUUAAAAACGAAAUUUCACAUCGCAGCAAAGCUCUCCAGCAGCUCAAGAAUUAUUUUAUGCAAAAUCAGUGAAAAGAUUGUAGAAAUAUAGAAAUAAAAAAAGGAACAUUA